CAGAUCAGUGCAGGAAAUGAACUUGGCUCAGACUACAGCAUAUAACCGGAAGUGUUUGACUUUUACCGUGUCUGAGAUAGGAAAUGGCGCAGCCAGGCACUCAGCUGGAUCAACAACAAUUCUGCUGUUCCAUCUGUCUGGAUCUACUGAAGGAUCCGGUGACUGUUCCCUGUGGGCACAGCUACUGUAUGAGCUGUAUUCAAAGCCAUUUGGAUGAGGAAGAUCAAAAGGAAACCCACAGCUGUCCUCUGUGCAGACAGACCUUCGUACUGAGGCCCACCCUGGUGAAGAACACCAUGUUAUCAGAUUUAAUGGGGGAGCUGAAGAAGACAGGAACAGCUUCAGCUGAUCACUGCCAUGCUGGACCUGGAGAUGUGGCCUGCGAUGUCUGCACUGAAAGAAAGCUGAAAGCUGUCAAGUCCUGUCUGCACUGUCUGGUCUCUUACUGUGAACAACACCUGCAGCCUCACUACAAAUCUCCUGCCUUUGAAAAACACAAGCUGGUCAACCCUGCCAAGGGGCUUCAGGAGAACAUCUGCUCUCGUCACAAUGAAGUAAUAAAGAUUUUCUGCCGCACUGAUCAGAUGUGUAUCUGUUAUCUCUGCUAUAUGGAUGAACAUAAAGGCCACAACACAGUCUCAGCUGCAACAGAGAUGGCUGAGAGGCAGAAAGAGAUUGAAGUGAGCUGGCAAAAAAUUCAGCAGAGAAUCCAGACCAGAGAGGAAGAUAUGAAGGUGCUUCGGCAGCAGGUGGAGGCGAUCAAUACCUGUGCUAAUAAUGCAAUGAGAGAGAGCGAGAAGAUCAUCAAUCAACUGAAGCAGCAGAUCAGAUCUCGUCAGAUAGCUGAAGUGAGUCGAGCCAAAGAGCUUCAGGAGAAGCUGGAGCAGGAAAUCGUUGAACUAAGGAGGAAAGAUGCUGAACUGCAGCAGCUCUCACACACAGAGGACCACACUGAAUUUUUGAACAAAUGCCCCUCACUGUCACAACUUACUGAAUCAAGCAACUCUCCCAGUGUCAGUAUCCAUGCACAGCCAUAUUUUGAGGAAGUGAAAGGAGCUGUUUCUGAAGCCAGAGAUAAAUUACAGGAUGUUCUUAUCGAGGAAUUGAGCAAAAUCUCACUGACAGAGAUUGGCGCGGAUGUCUUCCUGCCACAGCAAGAGCCCAAGAGCAGAGAAGAUUUCUUAAAAUAUGCACAACAAGUCACACUGGAUCCAAAUACAGCACAUAAACAUCUGUACAUUGAGGUGAGGAGCGUGAGAUUUUCAUAUGACAACAUGGACCUGCCUGAACACCCAAACAGAUUUACUCUCUGGCCUCAGGUUUUGUGCCGUGAGACUCUGACUGGACGGUGUUACUGGGAGGUGGAGUGGGACGGGAACAUUUUUAUAUCAAUGGCAUACAAGAACAUCAGCAGAAAUGGAAUUGAAAGUACAUUUGGAAACAAUCACAAAUCUUGGGCAUUAAAAUGCUCCAAAAAUGGUUUUACUAACCGUUAUGAGUUCAGACAUAAUAACAUCCAAACUUCCAUCUCAGGCCCUCAGUCCUCGACAGUAGGCAUGUACCUGGAUCACAGGGUGGGCGUUCUGUCCUUCUACAGCAUCAGUGACAUGACUCUGCUCCACAGAGUCGAGACCACAUUCACUCAGCCACUCUGUCCAGGACUUGCUGUUUAUAAUGGAUCUUACGCUGUGUUCCUAAACACAGGAAACAAAAGAAGAUGACUGAAAAAGAAGAUAUGUCCCAUUGGACAGGUCAUUUCCAUCGUACCGCAGAGGACCAGCAUUUCCCAACCUUUUUGAUUUUUUUAUGCCUUGCAACACAGCAGUGUGUGGUUUAUCUUGUCAUGUUUAAAAGUUGCCAGCAGUUCCACCAAAAACGGAAUUUCCCGCUGAACCUCUUAGAUGGCUGCAUUAUUAACUCAAACCUUCAGAGGGCAAAUGAUUUUAAUACACAAAAGAAAAAUGAAAAACAAUGACUACUUGUUGCCUUAACUACAGCUAACAUAUUUUUCUUGUGCUUUAUAAUUGAGCUUGGUCAAAUUAGUCUAAUUUUAUAUCAUGCAUGCAGCGUGAUAUUUGCAUUCAUGUCUCUGAUUGUGUACGACUGGAAGCAAAUAAGGA